AUGAUAAACACUCGAAAUUACUCAGCGGAGUUUGGAAAUUCUUGUCGUUACUUGAGUGCGAUUCAAAUUCAACUGAACGAAAUUAUUCUAACAUUGUCUGUCGAUUCCGAUGCUUUUUUGAUUUUAUCUCUUGCGUCGUUGGUGUACUCGUGUUAUUCGACAUAUGUUUAUCAAGUGGGAUUAACUUCAAUCAUAAACAGGCAGUUCCGAUUGCCAAUUCUAACAACCUUCAUCUACCAGCACAUAUUCAAACGUUUCGAAGCAUCUUUUAUUUUGGAUUUUAAAGUAUCAUUAAUGGAGAUUACAAAAAUAAGAAUUAUAAUCGGACGUAGAUUUUCGAGUGAAGCUCCUAAAACUAAAUUUGAAGAGAAGAAAAAUUAUAAAAUGUUCAGUUUUUUCGAUCUAAUGCUGAGAGUUGAGAAAGCACAGCCGUCGUUGUAA